CGGCACGGCAUUCAAAAAAACAGGCACAUAUUUGAAAAAUAAGCAUUUGCUUAGGUACGAACACGCAUCAAUUCUUUACAAUAAUAAUGAUGGUCGAAAUAGCCAGGCAAGAAUAAUCCAACAAGAAGAUACCUGUAACACGCUGUUGAAAUCCAUACCCAUAUCUGCUUAAAAAUCAUGGAACCCCCGUCGGCUGUAGUAUUCAUUUCAAGUCAUUUGCUCACGAUGGCAACUACCGUAGACAUUUUACUAUCCGAUUUACCAGUGGAAAUCUUGUCACAUAUAUUUUCGUUUCUCCCGUUGUCCGAUCGGAAAUCUGUGUCCUUAGUGUGCCAUUCAUGGAACGAACAAGCCUUCAACCGCCGAUUGUUGCGAAACGUUGCUCUGAGUCUCUCCAUGGACUGGGAGCAAGCUCAUCUCGAUGCACUCCGAAAGAGCACCCGGAAAUAUCGAAAUGUGUUCGCCUUUUUUGGACCGGAAACGUGCGGUGAGUUCGACUUUGAAUUAGUCAACGAAGUGCUGGAAAUGUUCGGUCAAGGACUAGAGAGUUUUCAUUGCAUGACCAAUUUCACCGCGGAACAAACUAAGCGCAUCAUGAGUUGUGCACCGAAUCUUACGCAGCUGAUAGCCGGAGUUGAUGUCAGAAGUUUGAGUCAGCAGAAAUCUGACUUACUCGAGUUGCAGUGCUUGAGAGAUUUGGGAUCGCUGAACAACAUGCUACAGUUCCACGAUUUGAGUGCUCCAAACUUGACAAGACUUAGUGCAAAUUUUACCACCCGAUCGGAUGCAGAUGGGUCGAGUAAACUUCUGCGGCGACUCGCUCCACAGUUGAAGAAUGUGGAACUUUUUGCCACGGAGUAUUUUAUCCCGAUCGAAGAUCUUGACUUUCCCAAACUAGAAGUGCUCAAACUAUCCGGUCAAAUGUGCAAAACAAACGAUAAUGCUUUGAGAACGUUCUUUAGCAGGCUUAAACAUCUGAGGGAAGUAAGACUGGAUUUCAAUGUUGAAAAACUAGUGUUAGAUGUCAUAACAACGGCGAGUCCAGGAAUUGAAAUAUUGCAUUUCAAGAACAGUGGGUUGAACCCGUAUUCAAUUUGCUAUUUGGAGCGCCUGAAGAACUUGAAGGUGUUGAGCCUUGUCGUGAGCAUCUAUUGUUCCGGCGUUUUGGAUUGCAAACCCCUGGAGAGUGUGGAACGGUUCUGCUUGCAGUUGUCCAAUCUAGAUGAUGAGGAACGCAUCAUGGAAGGCUUCCGUCGUCUGUUACCGAACGUAACCGAUAUGAAUGUGACGCUGACGACGCUUUCAAGACCGGAGUAUAUUUUGGGACACGUUAGUCGAAAUUUUUCCCACAUUAAGCGGCUUACCAUUGCCGAUACCCAGUAUCGCAUGCUUAGCUGUAGACUCUUCCAAGUCCUGCGGCAUAUGAAGCAACUGGAAGAACUUACCCUCAAGUGCAUUCGUGUGCCGGUGGUGUUCAUGCUGCCGAACCAGUACCUGCAUCGUUUGAAGAUUCAAAACUUCCAUUGGUUGAUUGACAAAGAUCUGCUUAUGCUGCCGGAGAUGUAUCCGAAUCUGAAGUAUCUCGAGUUAACGUGGUGCAAGAAAGUAACGGCCAAAGGUGUAAAGAAACUCCGAUCGUUACUAAAGGAUUGUGUUGUACACGUCGAUAAAACGACUUUUUCUACCGUAGAUGUACUUUGAUUUAUAAUAUACAGUUGAAUUUCCUA